AUGUUUAUCGCGGCAAAAUAUAUACAUCGAAAGAUAAAAGAAUCGAGGAAUCAGAACCCGAACAAUGAUCCCCCAAAACCUAUUACAGAGAAAAAACAGGCUUGCCCACACUCGCGACCUUUCCAGGUCGAGCUUAGGAGUCGAGCGUCUGCUGAAUAUGCUCGGAAUUCUCAAGGAACAGCUUCAAUAACAGAAGAGGAUAGAGUAUUAGUACCUCGAGACUUACCAAAGAGCGACGAAAAGUGUCAAGUCUGCAAGAAACAGAAACAUGAUGCUCGCGUCUAUCGUUGGAAGCUUAUUGCUGGGCUGUGUCUGCCGUUUAUACUCGCAACAUUGGACCUGACCAUCGUCGCUACGGCGUUGCCAUCCAUAGCCUCCCAUUUUAAUGAGUUUGACGAGCUAAACUGGAUUGUGACUGCCUUUACGUUAACGUCAACCACCUUCAUCCCCAUGUUCGGUCAGUUCGCUGAUGUCUUCGGGCGUGGCGAGACCCUCCAUCUCUCCCUGUUUUUGAUGAUCAUUGGAAGUGUGCUGUGUGCAGCUGCACAGACAUGGGCAAUGCUUCUACUAGGUAGAGCUUUGCAGGGCGUGAGCGACGCCGGGCUGAUGAACGUCGUUAUGAUUAUCCUCUCAGACAAAGUGUCUCUGAAGGAAAGCGCAAAGACUAAGUCCCUCUUUACCCUUGUUGGGGGCAUAGGCUACGCUGUCGGACCAACUGUGGGAGGUUAUCUAACAGAUGCCAACUGGAGAUACUGUUUUGUGAUAUCCAUACCUAUCGCUGUUAUCGCCCAUAUACUAGUCUUUAUCUUGUUGCGCAAUGAACUCGUCGAAGGCACAAUGUUCAAGAAGGGCUCCCGACUGUCAGGGGUUCUCCCAGCUCUCGCAACUGUGGACAUUAUCGGAUCUGUUCUCUUCAUUUUCGGUGUUGGACUCAUUAUCCUCGCAACUGCAUGGGGUGGAGCUACGUACCCUUGGUCAGCGCCUCAGGUCCUCGCCCCGUUGGUCGUGGGCAGUGUUUGCUUCGUUUUAUUCUUUGUCUACGAGUACUUCCUCGAGCCAGGCCGGAUAUUUGCUCGUAUCUUCCCAAAGCAGGUAGCCAUGCUUCCGUACAGCAUGUUCGCCAGAAAAGACACGAUCUGGCUUGCGAUCGUGCAGUUCUCCACUGGAGCAGCAAUGUAUUCCAUUUUCUACUACAUCGGAAUCUACUUCUCUCUCGUAGAGGCAUACCCGGCCUCAAAAGCAGGCGUACAGUUACUAUACUACAUCCCCGGACUGGGAGUCGGUGUCUACAUCGCCAUCUUCCUCUGCAACGUCUGGCCAGCUCAAAGUUUCUUCCCCCUUAACAUUGGCACAAUCAUCAGCACCGUCGGCCUCGCUAUGGUAGUAUACGCCAUUCACACCCAAAAUACCAGCCUGAUCAACGGUAUGAUGGCCAUAACCGGCGCGGGGACAGGGCUCCGCUUCAUGCCUGCCACAUUGCAUAUGGUGGGCGUGUGGCCCGAGAAGAUCGCGCCUGCGCAGUCGUUGAUGCGAUUCGCGCAGCCGUUUGGCGGUACUCUCUGUUUGACUAUCAUGGGCAGUGUUUUCAAUAAUAAAUUCGCCCAGGUGUCAGUUGUUUCUGGGGGUGCCGGUGGAGGGUUUGAUGUUCAUGACACGAAUUCUUUGGCGUUUAUUGCGGAUUUGCCGGCUGAGGCGCAGAGGAGUGUCAGGUUGGCGGGGCGGGAUGCUAUUAUGUGGGCUUAUAUCUCUGUUUUGCCAAUUAUGGGACUCAGUCUUGUUACUGGGUUGUUUAUUGGUAAUGUGUGGAUUAAGCCGAAGUCGAAGAAGGAUGAGGAGCAGCGGAAUGUGUCGGUGGAUGAGAGCAGUCACAGUGAAGUGAUCUAUGUGCCCUAUCUAUGGGCAUUGCUAAAGGGCAACAUCGACUCCUACAAAAAGACCAACAAGAUAUUGCCAGAAAGCAACAGCAAGCCCACCGAUUCCAAUAAUCCAUAA